GGGCAGGCAGCCGGGGGUGUUUCCGUUGCCCGGAGUAGCCGUCGGAGCCCUCCCGCUGCAUCCCUGCGUCGUCCGCGCGCAGUGCUCCACGCUGCACUCCGCUCCGCUCCCGCAGGCUCUCAGUCCCUGUCUCUCUGUCUGGCCGCCUCCCUCUCCCGGACCUGAGCAGUCGCCAUGGCACAGGUUCUCAAAGGCACCGUGACUGACUUCCCUGGAUUCGAUGAGCGGGCCGACGCCGAGGCUCUCCGGAAGGCCAUGAAGGGCCUGGGCACCGACGAGGAGACCAUCCUGACCCUGCUGACCUCCCGCAGCAACGCGCAGCGCCAGGAAAUCACGGCCGCCUUCAAGACGCUGUUUGGCAGGGACCUUCUGGACGACCUGAAGUCGGAGCUGACCGGGAAGUUCGAGAAGCUGAUCGUGGCGCUGAUGAAGCCCUCCUGGCUGUACGACGCCUACGAGCUGAAGCACGCGCUUAAGGGCGCUGGGACGAACGAGAAAGUGCUGACGGAGAUCAUCGCCUCCAGGACCCCUGAGGAGCUGACGGCCAUAAAGAAGGCUUAUGAAGAAGAGUACGGCUCCAACCUGGAGGACGACGUGGUGGGGGACACCUCGGGGUACUACCAGAGGAUGCUGGUGGUGCUGCUUCAGGCUAACAGAGACCCCGACACUGUCAUUGAUGAGGCGCAGGUGGAGCAAGAUGCUCAGGCACUGUUCCAGGCUGGAGAGCUUAAGUGGGGGACGGACGAGGAGAAGUUCAUCACCAUCUUCGGAACGCGGAGCGUGUCUCAUCUGCGGAGGGUGUUUGACAAGUACAUGACCAUAUCAGGGUUCCAGAUCGAGGAGACCAUCGACCGGGAGACCUCUGGUCACUUGGAGCAGCUGCUCCUUGCUGUCGUGAAGUGCAUCCGCAGCGUGCCGGCCUACCUCGCGGAGACCCUCUACUACGCCAUGAAGGGCGCAGGGACGGACGACCACACCCUCAUCCGCGUGAUCGUGUCCAGGAGCGAGACCGACCUGUUCAACAUCAGGAAGGAGUUCCGGAGGAACUUCGCCACCUCCCUGUACUCCAUGAUUAAGGGGGACACAUCCGGCGACUAUAAGAAGGCCCUGCUGCUGCUCUGUGGGGGAGAAGACGACUGAGGGGCCCGCACCCCCGCUGCUGCGCCGCCUGCCGCCCUCCCACCCGCCACGGCCUGGCUGUGCACCCCUUGGGCGCAGGAUUCCCCAGGCGGGCUGCUCCCCACCCUCCGCCCUGCAUCCCCCUGCUGACCCUGGCAGUCCCCUGCACACCUAGGUCACUGAGGCUGCAGUCUGUGACACUUACGUUGCCUUUAAGAGGUCAGGCUGCUUUUAGGCUCUUCAGCAACUUCAUGGAUACUACUCGAUAACCGUAUCACCUUAACUGGAAGCUUAGCCUUGACCUUGUGAACCCCAGGAUGGGUCAGCAUCGAGGUCGCCACUGAAUUAACCUGGAGAAUCAUGGUAGCUGUAUUUGAAGAUUAGCCAUAAAUAAACGUGGCCUCCCCUGCA